AUGGAGAGCUGGCUCCUGACUGACUCAGCUGACUGCCAGAGUGCCACUACAUUAGCUGGGGCCUCCUCGCCGAUAUGCAAGCUGGUGGUGGGAGCUGUUAUGAAUGAAAUCCCCAAGAACUCCCCUCCACUUGGCCUGCCUACCCUCAACACUGCAAACACUGAUUCUGAUUUUGAGUGGAGUGGAGCUGGCCUCCCAGACACUGCUGCACCCUCCCAGGCAGUUUCACAGCCUCCCGGACACUGCUGCACCCUCCCUGGCAGUGCCAUAGUCUCCCGGACAGUACCACAGCCUCCCAGACAAUGCCAUAGCCUCCCGCACAGUGCCACAGCCUCCCAGACAGUGCCACAGCCUCCCAGACAAUGCCAUAGCCUCCCACACAGUGCCACAGCCUCCCAGACAGUGCCACAGCCUCCCAGACAAUGCCAUAGCCUGCUGCACAGUGCCAUAGCCUCCCAGACAGUGCCACAGCCUCCCAGACAAUGCCAUAGCCUCCCACACAGUGCCACAGCCUCCCAGACAGUGCCACAGCCUCCCAGACAAUGCCAUAGCCUCCUGCACAGUGCCAUAGCCUCCCAGACAGUGCCACAGCCUCCCAGACAAUGCCAUAGCCUCCCGCACAGUGCCACAGCCUCCCAGACAGUGCCACAGCCUCCCAGACAAUGCCAUAGCCUCCCGCACAGUGCCAUAGCCUCUCAGACAGUGCCACAGCCUCCCAGACAAUGCCAUAGCCUCCGCACAUGCCACAGCCUCCCAGACAGUGUCACAGCCUCCCAGACAAUCCUACACUCUCCCCCAGACAGUGUCACAGCCUCCCAGACAAUCCUACACUCUCCCCCACAGACAGUGUCACAGCCUCCCAGACAAUCCUACACUCUCCCCACCCCAGACAGUGCCACAGCCUCCCAAGCAGCUGGAAGUGACCAGGAAGCAGUGAGAAUUGAAGGCAAUGUUGCUGAGUUGACACAGGGAGAAAAGCACGAGUCACACCACAGAUUCCAGGGCUGGCUCACACUGCGCACACUCACCCUAUAUAAUAUGUGA